UUUUUGCCAAGAGACUUUCUAGCUAAUUAGUAAGCGUUCAACAAGUUGCUUUUUGUUGUUGCUAUUUUGUCACUAAAAGACUACAGCAAAGCUGUAGAAAAACUAUUGGUGGUAUGCGUAGGCGUGGUAGCCAAGCGAUAAACCAACACAAGGCUUAAAAAGUAUGUUGUACGCUUCUGUGAGAGUUUACCCUACCAAAAUCCCUCCUAAAAAGAGAGAACUCUAAACUGCCCCAAUACCCAUCACAAAGCAAUGAUAAUUUACCGUGACCUCAUUAAAGCCCCCUGUGUAAGAGGAUAGUAAGCCGGUUGGUUUACUUUAACGCGACGAGUGCCAAUUAACAAGAUCUUAGCAGCCACCACGUUGCUACAGCCGCCACGUUGCUACAAUGGACGGAAAAGCGACCUCGAAAGACCCACAAGGUAAAGGGCCUGACAUCAAGCAGUUGGGAAAGUAUGGCGAGGCAGUAGAAAACGACCCACAGAGAUUGGCGGUUUUUGAGGAGAAUUUUGAACGCUUCGGUUUGCCAUACCCGACCGAGCAGGACUUGGAACGAGAGGCCCGUAGAGAACAAAGACUUGAUGACGUUUCAUUUGAGGGAAUAGCUCGAUACAUCACAUCAGGAAAAUGUAAAAAUAUCGUCGUACUUACUGGUGCCGGUAUAUCCACCACAGCAGGCAUCCCUGAUUUCCGUACUCCAGGAUCUGGGUUGUUUAAUGUCCUACAGACGUAUGGGCUAACAACGGCAAGAAGUAUAUUUGAAAUAGACUAUUUCCAGAUGAAUCCUAAACCGUUUUUCGUAGCCGCAAAAGCUGUCUAUCCAGGACAAUUCAAGCCGACCAUUUCGCACUAUUUCAUCAAGUUGUUGCAAAACAAGGGUUUGCUGCUUCGACAUUACACACAGAACAUCGAUACGCUAGAGAGGGUCGCGGGGAUCACAGGCGACCACCUGAUGGAAGCACAUGGCAGCUUUCACACUGGUCACUGCAUGGCAUGCAACAAGGAGUACAGUCAAGACUGGAUAAGAGUCGAGAUAAUGGCUGACAAAAUCCCUAGGUGUACCGAAUGCGAUGGGGUUGUAAAACCAGAUAUCGGCUUUUUUGGAGACCCCAUGCCAGAUAAAUUUUAUCAGCUAGCUGCGGAGGACUUUCCCAAAUGUGACUUAUUGAUUGUCAUGGGGACGUCUCUCAUCGUACAGCCGUUUGCAUCACUUAUUGCCCGGGUUUCCGUCGACACACCAAGGCUCCUCAUCAACAGAGAAAAGUGUGGUUACGAAGUACAUGGUCCCAGACCUGGAUUCCAGUUUGAAUUAAAAGAUAACAAAAGGGAUGUAGCGUGGCUCGGGACAACAGACGAUGGAUGUUUAGCCCUCGCUGACCUCCUAGGAUGGAAGGAGCAUUUUAGACAACUAAUUGAAAAUAGCGAUACGAAAUAGAUCUACUAUAAAUCUACUAAAGAGGAUACGCUCUUUAUAGGGAACUUUUUACAAGAACCCCAAGACUGGUACUUUACCAAAUUCUAAGAACAUGCUUAGAAUACUUCUUAGCAAACAGGGCUUAGAUAGUAGCAAAAUAUGUUUGGUUGGUAAAACCACAAACACCGGAAAUAUGUAUGGAAUGAUUAUUCCGACCAAUCAAUGGCAAGAUAUUCAAACAGUCAACUAGACACGGGUUUCAACAAGUCUGAAGUUUCGUGUCUGAUUCUUCAGAGGAAAAUAACCAUUUCACUAAUAUUUUAGGUGUUCAUGGCUUUACCGGUUGCGCUGUAAAAUGCAGAAUUUAUGUUUAUAAUAACCUUGUGGUUCAUUCUCUGAUACUUCAUCGAAUGUCAAAAUGUUAGCGUCCUCUAGGACAAUUUUAGCAUUAAAAUGAGGAUCAGGCGUAACUGAAAGUUAGAGGUCCUCAUAAAAAGA